AUGCGUGCAUCACUCCUGGCCCCCCGGCGAUUCUCCGCACGCGCCCUCCGCUCCCGAACUGCGCAACUUCGGACAUGUGGGAGUCGCUGGAACAGCUCCAGCGCUGCAACGGAGAGCAAGGAACACAAGUCGUCUGGCUCACAAUCCUCAGCGGGAGCUUCUUCGCCUUUCUGGACACCUGGCAAGGCGCUCCUUGUCUCCGCAUUCGCUGCGGGGCUCGGGUACAGCUAUGCCUCUUUGCAGGCACCAGCGAAGAAGCAGUCUAAACCGCAGUAUGGCUCCGCGCAAGACUUUGAAAAAGCCGUUUCCGAGCUGAGAGCCAAACUAAGCGAAGACAGCAUCAGCACCGACGAGGAUGACCUGCACCGACACGGUUUCUCAGAGUGGUCCAGCAUCAACGCAGACCGUCUCCCCGUCGCUAUUGCCUACCCAACUACGACAGAAGAAGUGUCCGAGAUCGCUAAGGUCUGCCACAAGUACAAGAUGCCCAUGAUCCCCUACUCGGGAGGAUCGAGUCUCGAAGCCAAUUUCUCUGCGCCGUACGGCGGGAUGACCAUCGACUUUGCGAUGAUGAAUCAGAUAUUAGAGAUGCACGAGGCGGACAUGGAUGUCGUGGUGCAGCCAUCGAUCCAGUGGAUGGAGCUGAAUGACAAGAUCAAAGACUCUGGUCUCUUCUUCCCCGUGGACCCUGGUCCGUCGGCAAUGGUUGGCGGUAUGGUUGGCACAAACUGCAGUGGUACAAAUGCGGUGCGGUAUGGAACUAUGAAGGAUUGGGUUAUCAAUCUCACGGUUGUGUUGGCCGAUGGCCAGAUCAUCCAAACCCGUCGCCGGCCACGGAAGACCUCCGCGGGGUACAAUUUGACUGGAAUGUUUGUCGGCUCGGAAGGGACGCUGGGUAUUGUCACGGAGGCGACCCUAAAACUCACCAAUAUCCCAGAGGAGACCCGUGUGGGUGUGGUGGCUUUCCCUACGAUUCGCGACGCGGCAUCUACGGCGAUGCAGCUGAUCCGGAAGGGCAUCCCCGUUCAAUGCAUGGAACUCAUGGAUGAUGUCCAGAUGGAUGUGAUUAACCGGGCCGGUGGAACGGGGCGGCAAUGGAAGGUCUCGCCCACGUUGUUCUUCAAGUUCUCGGGCACGAAAGCAGGCGUCGCGGACAGUGUUGAUCUGACUACUAAGCUGGCCAAAAACAACAAGGCCCAAUCCUUCGAGUUUGCUCGAGAUGAGAAGGAGGCUCAUGAUCUAUGGUCGGCAAGAAAACAAGCGCUUUGGGCCAUGCUGGCUCUGUGCAAGGAGGGCUCGGAUGUAUGGUCGACCGAUGUGGCCGUGCCCUUGUCUCGUCUGCCUGAUAUUAUUGAAAUUUCUAAGAACGAACUUUCCGAUCUUGGACUGUUCACCAGUAUUCUGGGACAUAUUGGCGAUGGCAAUUUCCACGCGAGCAUCAUGUAUGAUCGACAGAAACCAGAGGAGAGAGCCAAGGUUGAGAAAGUGGUAUAUGACAUGGUCGACCGGGCUCUUGAUAUGGAGGGAUCUUGCACGGGUGAGCAUGGAGUCGGACUGGGCAAAAAGUCAUCGUUGAAGAAGGAACUGGGGCCGGGGACGAUCGAUGUGAUGCGCAGCAUCAAGCGGUCUCUGGAUCCGCACUGGUUGUUGAAUCCUGGCAAAAUCUUCGAUGCGGAAGAUUAG